CACCUCACGCCCGGACGUUUCUUCCACCGACGGACAUGUCCGCCCUCCACCUCGCUCCGGCCAGUGGCGUCGCGCCACAUCACCCCGCCGCCGCCGCCAACCAACCGGACGCCGCCACUUGUCACCCCACCGGCCUCCUCUCUCUCUCCGCCGACGCGGCCUGCCCGGCCCGCGAGAGGCCCGCCCCGGGCCGCAACAGGCCCGAGCCGCCCGCCCGCCUCCGCAGCCGUGCGCCGAUCUCCGCCGCCGCGCGUCUCUAUCGCCGGCGCCCGCCCCACCGCCCGCCGGUCGCCGCCACUUCGCCUCGCCGGCCUCUGCACAGCGCGCCGCCGCCGUUGCUCCGCCUCCCUCGCCCCGCCCUCCGCCGCCACGCGAGAUCCGGCCGCGGGAGGCCCGAGCCCCGCCGGAUCCGACGGCCGCCGAGCUCGCCGGCGACCUCCCUCCGGCCGCCGUCGUCCUCUCCGGUGAGAUCCGGUGGAUCGGGACGAGAUCCACCGGGAUCUCAUCCAAACGCAGCCCCGCGCCGCCCGGAUCCCUCUGUCCCGGGAUCAUCUCGUCCAGUUGACUUUCUCGCGGGGUGCCGACGAGUCCGUGCGGAUGACGCAACCAAGCUCAGGAGGAGCUCGAUGAAGAUCUUGUCCUUUGUGUUGUUUCGUUCUAGUUGAUCAGUAGUGGAGCCCAGUUGGGGUCGAUCGGGGACCUUUGUCGCAUUCGG